ACCUCAUCCUCUGUAACAAAUCACCUCGACCUCAGCCCAAUACGUGCCAAGAGCCGCAGUGGGACUAAAGGGAAUACUCAACGUCAAAUGCCACGUCAAAAAAGUCCCGCUGCAUCCCCUGGCGCGGGGAACAAGGAUCCGAGUCCCACGGUAUCGAAAAAGCGGGCAACAAGGCCAGGUUCCGGUGACGAGACCGCCGGCAAAGACUCGACCCAAAAACGGCGUCGCAGAGCUUUUUCAUGUCUGUCCUGCCAAAGGUUGAAAUGCAGAUGCGAAUAUGACCUGGGGGCUCAGGGUUGUCACCGCUGCCAAACUUUACGAAUUACAUGCUCCUUACGAGGGGAAACUGAUGCGCCACAGAAUCCCUCAAAGCCCAACGAUGUCUCUCGUCUAGGUGUUGAAGAGAGGCUACAGCGCCACGAAGAUGCUUUGGAAGAAAUAAAAGCCAUGAUAAAGGCUCUGAAACCUGAGCGACAGUCCUCUGGGCGUUCUGCUAAAGUUGACGCGGAAUCGAACGACCACGAAGAGGAAGCUGCAAGUGUGGGCCAACAUACACCAGACGCAGAAUAUCUCUUGAACCCGAUAGAUAGGGGCUCGAAAUCAGCGCCAGUUGUAGUGCUCAGAGAGAUCAGCCAACAGGUCACCCUGGGCUACCGUAGGAUGCUGGGGCAGGGAAUCCCUGAUCUCCUGCAGCUACAGUUGCUCGACGAACAGACCGCAAGCGAGCUGAUAGAGCUCUUCAUCAAACAUCAAGGUCACACGCUGCUUGUACGCAGCGUUGCGGAUCUCAGGCACUUCGGUGACACGCGACGAGUCUCUGCUUUUUUGCAUGGUGUCUGUUGUCUGAUAGGUGUCGUCUACCGUGACGAUAUCUGCGGGACAGCGUUGCACCGCCAACUGUAUGAACAAAUUCGCAUCACGCUAGGCGAAGCCGUGCUUUCUAGUCCCCUAGACUUGGAUGACCUCAAUGCCAUGUUCAUCAUGAGUAACAACGCCAACUCUCCCAGUGGCCAAGGCACCGAGUAUAUUGACAGUUGGUUGCUAACUGGGUAUUGCGCAAAGCAAGCCAUGUUGAGCAUUUGUUUCACGCAAAUUGUUGACCGACUCAAGAAAGGAACCUCCGGGGGCGAGGACUAUCGGGCGAUACAACUUUGGUCUACAAUCUGCCUCCAUCAUCUUCACUGGGCUGCCACGACUGGUCGACCGUCAAUCAUUCCGAAGGGAUAUCUCAACCAAUGCUACGUCUUGCAUAGCUUCUACCGUGCGACAAUACAGGAUGGAAUGCUUGUGGCCGAGAUAAUGUUAUAUUCUACCCUCCACCGGAAACUGCUUCAAGAGUCAUACCCCAGUGAUGGACGCGAAUGCGAAGAGUUCCGUACUUGGAAGCAAAAAUGGAAUCACUUGCUAGCACUACCGACCUCUGCAAUGCUUCGGGUGGGUUACCACGCAGCUUGCCUGAUAUUGGCGGUCCGAGCGCUCGAAAAGACAGGAGAUGCACUCGCCUCUACCUCACUUCUCACCACGGAUAGCCUGGUAACAGGUAACGGUUCUGGCGUAUCCAAAACGAAUGAUCUGACACCAACGUCCGAAGACCGCCACGAUUCACCCGAAGCGACUAGAGGUGAAACCUCACAAUCAUCAGAUACCAAGACAGAUAACGCUGCGGACGUCCUCCGUAUCAACGCAUGUAAGUAUGCGAAACUCGUCGUAGAAACCUUCCUCGAGAUGCCUACUUUCCUGAGGGACAAGGCUCCGACAGCGACAUGUCUGUGCCUUGGCUAUUGCGCCCUCGUACUUUCGCACUACGAUCCGUCGCUGUCGCAGAUUCCCGAUACAGUGGUCUUGCGCCUAGUUACGAGCCUCGACCACUGGGUCCAGACAUCCCCAGGCAAGGCGUGGUCAUAUAAGUACGGAGCACUGGCGAUACGGAAGGUCGAAGCGAGGAUCAACUCCUCUCGUACGCCACCAAACUCACACGCUCCGUCGAAUAUAAGUGACCGUGGUGACCACGAGCGCUCAAACGAGCGUGGGGCCCAGGCAGCUCCGUUCCGGCACUCUUCUGAAGGCCAUGUCCAUGCGUAUCCCGCGGAUGAUAUACCCUCAUCGAUGGGGCAUACUGUUGACCCGAAUAAUGAGUUACCACUAUUCAAUCUUAGUGAGGAUGAUUUUCCGAGUAUGGAGGGGUUCUUCGGGGGCGGGUUCUUGGAUUUGAUGCGAUAGAGAUUUUCGAUAAACUAGAUAUGAGGCUCAUUGCAAUGAGGUAGUAGAUCAUCAGUGAUAUAUAUCCCCAUAUAUCCUUAUAUAUAUAUAUAAGCCUAAAAGGUUAAACACUUCCUUGGGUAGUUUCACGCAUGACGGUCCAGCAUAUGAGGGUGGGAUUAUACGUGUUCUUGCUCUAUAAACAAAACAUAUACAUACGAUUCUAGCAACUGCAUAACAAUAUCUCAC